AUGCCAUCGAUACAGCGAGUCAACAACACUAUUCCUCAAGGGUUCUCGCUUACGCCAGCUUCUGCGAACAGCGCCUCAUCAGUUGCGGCGAGCCCUUACCUUCCUUCUCUAACUUCUUCUCCGCUGGCAUCGCAAUCUCUAACCCAGUUUUCUCAUCUUGGGAGUCCCGCGCCCCUUGAACUCCCGGAAUCUAUUGUCUCCAGUUCUCAGCCCUCUAUUCACCAACGGGAACCUACCUCGGCAUCUAAAUCUGCUGGAAUUAUACGCAAGUUGUCUCAGAGUGCGAGAGAUGGUGUCUCCUCUACCCGCCAGAUCCUGAGGCGGAAGGCGUCUUCAUCCGCCCAAAGUCGUCGAGAUGAAAGCACAGGCCCUAUCACACGCCGCCGGAGCGACAGCAAGACUACUGCUGCCGCUACCAGCCAGCCAGAGACACCCUCUUACGAUCCCCUCCCAAAUACGGACUUCCACGCCGGCCUGGGUCUGUUUGAUACCAUGAGCCUCUCCAGUGAACCCACGUUGAUGGACGCUAGUCCUGAAGGUCAAGCUCCGUGUAUCCCAGAACGUCUCGUACGUGGAUGUCUAUUGACCAAAAUUACCAAGAACAAGAAGCAGGAGAAAUUGUUCUUCCUAGAUGUGGAAGGUUCUCGUGUGUCUUGGAGAGGAGCUGUCACAAUGAAAGCCUUUCACAUCGACAAUAUCAAGAGUAUACGGAGCGGAGAGGAGGCAGCCAGCUACCAACAGGAACUCCGUGGUGAAGCCGUCGAUUCUGAGCUCUGCUUCACCAUCAAUUAUGCCGCCUCGGACUCUUCUAAACAGGUCAAGACGCUACAUCUGGUCGCUCACACUCACUCCGACCUUCAACUAUGGCUAGAGACCCUCGAAAGUGUUUCCAAGCAUCGCGAAGACUUGAUGACGAGUAUGAUAGGGUCCACAGAAAGGGAGUCGGUCAUCCGUGCCCACUGGGAUAACGAGAUUGAGAAGCGCUCCCACAGACCUGAUCAAGCCAAGGUUGAUGGCCUUGACUUAUCUGCCAUUCGAUCUCUUUGCCGCAAGCUCCAUAUCCACGCCCCGGAGAAAGAACUGGAACUGCAAUUCAAUACUGCAGACGCCUCAAACUCAAACAUGCUCAACUAUGAGGGCUUCAGAGAUUUCGUGAGACGCCUUCGCGAGCGCCGAGACAUCAAGAAGAUCUUUAAUGACCUCAAGGAUGACUCCAUACCCGGAAUCACACGUUCCCAGGUGGUUUGGUUCCUCGAAAAUGUACAAGGCAUCAGUUUCAACACAGUCUCGGAGGCGUCCAUUUGGUCUGACAAAUUGGAUGAUCUCAUCUCACAUUCAUUUCUAGAUGACCCAACAAUGCGAGGCUCUGGUUUGGUGGACCUCAACGCUUUUGCAUCAUUCAUCAUGUCCAAGGACUGCCACGUCUAUUCUCAAGGAGAAGCAUCAGCGCCUCGAUUUGAUCGCCCCCUCAACGAAUAUUUCAUCUCCAGUUCCCAUAACACUUAUCUUACUGGAUGGCAAGUGGGCGGUACCUCCUCAGCAGAAGCUUACAUCACCGCCCUUCGCCAUGGGUGUCGCUGCAUCGAGAUCGACUGCUGGAAUGGUUCCGACGGCAAGCCAAGAGUCACACAUGGUCGUACCCGGACCACUUCUGUGCUGUUCUUGGAUUGUAUCAAUGCGAUCAAUAGAUGUGCUUUUGAUGUCUCUCCUUACCCACUCAUCAUCUCUCUGGAGGUGCAUUGCGACCUGGAACAGCAGGCGAAAAUGGUUCAGAUCAUGACCGAGGUGCUUGGGGAGCGACUUUUAGUCCAUCCUCUACCCAAUUCCACGACAAAGCUGCCCUCACCAGAGCAACUAAAGCACAAGAUCCUGAUCAAGGUGAAAUCUACAGAGCUUCAUGCUGAUUUAGCCGCCUCUCGCCGCGCAACCUCUUUGCGUCGCGACCGCAGUGGGAGCUCGCCAACUCGCGGGCCGCAGUCCUUGACAGCUAAUUGGCUUGAACCCACGACAGCCUUUGCUUCUAGCCCAUCUUUGAUCACACCCCCAGAAUCAAUCUACUCUCCAGUUACCGAUCGGUCGGUCGUUGCAACAAGCGCAAGCAGUGGUGAGGAUGAAAGCGAUGUUGCCCCAUCCUCACCUCCUGCGGACACCCAACGGCAGAAUCCCAAAUUGAGCAAAGUUGGUCCCCUUCUUUCCGCACUUGGAGUUUACAUGAAGGGUUACACACUCCGAGAGAGCCGUGAUCUUCGUUUUCAACAAUACAAUCACAUCUUCUCCCUGAACGAGAAUCGAGCCAUCGAGCUUUGCCAGUCGGUAGAGGAUAAGGUGCUCUUCGAAGACCAUAAUCUUGACUACAUGUGCCGUGUGUAUCCGAAGAAUUUGCGGGUACAGUCCUCCAACUUUGACCCGAAUACGUUCUGGCGACGGGGAGUCCAGAUGGUUGCACUGAACUGGCAGACUUAUGAUGCGCACAUGCAGAUGAAUCAGGCAAUGUUUGCCGCCGGCACUGAUGCCUAUGGCUAUGUGCUAAAGCCUGAAUAUCUGCGCAAAACUCGAACCAAGCCAGGUGAUUUCGAACACAGGGUGAAAUUGCCGCGUUACAAGACGAGGUUCUCUGUGCAAAUCAUCUCAGCCCAACAAUUACCGCGACCGGCCAACAUGAGCAACCAAACCCCACUCAAUCCGUUCAUUGAAGUUCAGAUGUUCAGUGCCGAGGAUCGAGCACGUGGCAUUGCAAAUGGCUCCGGCGGACAGGAACCAUAUUCCAAUGGUUAUCACGGGAUAGGCUCACCAUAUCGUCGACAGACACAGAUCGUUCUUGGAAAUGGUUACAAUCCUCAGUUUGGAGAGACCAUCGAACUAUCGUUGGAGACCAAGUAUCCCGAGUUGGUCUUCGUCCGAUUCAUCGUCUUCAACUCGGACGAUGGCAGACCAUACGGCAAAGGUGUCAAGCAGCUGGCCGCCUUCACGGCCAAGCUCGACAGUCUUCAAAAGGGCUAUAGGCACCUGCCUCUGUACAAUGGAUACGGCGAGGAGUUUAUCUUUUCCACUUUAUUCUGCAAGAUUGCCAAGCAAGAGCCAAAAUUGAUGCCGUGGUCAUUGCAAGACGUCAAUGACCGGCCAACCAGGCCGAACAUGUUCCGGGGCAUUCUCUCACGUGGACUGUCUGGGGACCGUGGCAGGGACCGGUCCACUAGCAGUGUUGAGGAUUUGCGCAAACGGGAUCAGCGUUAUAUCAAUCGAGAAAUUGAAGAGACUGUUGUCAAGCGCUGA